AUUUGAUCUUAGUGGCCUGAUCGUGAAAAUUUUGAGAAAAUUGAGGGAUCUCAAAAAUCCAAUGAUCUAUAAGGAGAUAGGAUCCACCAUUCUUCAUCCCAGCACUUUGAAAUUCCACUUUGAAAUUCUACGUGUCGUUCAUAUUAUCGUAUUUGAAUUAUCAAAGUCGUUACUUCUACAAUCUUCUAAAUUCUCGACUGGGGGCCAUCCAUCCCCCAUCACCAAAGGUCGUUAGACUCUACUGACAAGAAUGACAACAUACAAAAUGGCUUCUGCCCCCCAAGGACCUAGAAGUUCUUCGCCUGCUCUUCAUGAUGUCGAGAAAGGAGACCACGAGCACGACGGGGAGUCCUUGAAGAUGGCUCCGAGUGGGCACCUCUUUGUGGCAAAUACUUCGAUUACCGACGUUUUCUGUGACGCAUUUUUGUGUCCCGGUUACUGGCGUGAUCUCAUUCCCCGACAGCAAGCGCAGCUCGAUUUACUACGGUUACAGCAGACGAGUCAGGAACUGCAUAAAAAUCACAAAAAGGAACUCGACGAAGAAGAAAACGAGGAGAACCAGAUGGAUGUUGAAGAAGAUUUUAACUUUUUUACGACUACCUUGAGACGAGUACGUGUGCCGUGUGUGGGUGGUCCGAUUUCGAGUCAAUGGCGACAGAAGAUGGCCGAGCUACCAGAGGAUAUGGCUAAACGCUUGGUUUGGAGAGUUGAAACACCGCCAGAGGACAAACCGUCCUCUUACAAAAACGAUAUUAGACCUGGACCUCGUCCUCUUGAGGAAGUAGAUUGUUGGGUAGAUAUC